UUCCGUUCGUUCAAAUAAAAGUUUCUAAAACCAAUAAACAGAUUAAUAUAUUUUUUAAAAUUAUUACGUGAUUAAGUAACAGAUGUACUUAGAUGUAAUAAUACAAACAAAACAUUUGGUCAUAUUUAUAUGUACAUCUCCGAUGGUGGAAGCUGUGUGCUGAUCAUCGGUUUCAGUUGCAGGUAGCUAGCUGCCGGCUAUGUAGAUCUUCCAUUCUUGACUUUCACCACAUCCCGAGCGAAACAGAAAGACAGAGAGGCUAUGUAGAUCUUCCAUUCUUCACUUUCACCACAUCACGAGCGAAACAGAAAGACAGAGAGCAUGGAAUUCAACAACCAGCACGAGGAACAAGAUGAGGAAAUGGAGAUGAGCCCGACGGCGCCAACACCACCCCGUUACGACGCUUCCAUGCCCAAAAUGGGGCCCUCUAGCGGCGGUGGAGGAGGUGGAGGAGAGGCCACAGCCAGAAAAAGGGGUCCCUCCAUCUCGACCGUCUCCACUAUCAGGUACAGAGAAUGCCAGAAGAACCACGCCGUUAACAUCGGAGGCCAUGCCCUCGAUGGUUGCUGCGAGUUCCUUGCGGCCGGAGAGGAGGGCACGCUCGACGCCCUCAAAUGCGCCGCGUGCAACUGCCACCGCAAUUUCCACCGGAAGGAGCCCGCGGAAGGAGGUGGUGGGGCCAUUCUUCCCCACCAACACACCCAGCAGCCGUUCUCAGCUUACUACCGCCACCCUUAUCCGCCCACGCCAUCGGGUUACCUCCACCUGACCCCGGCGCAGCCGCAUAGACCUCUGGCCUUGCCCGCGGCUGGGUCGGGCGGGUCGCACAGCAGGGAGGAAGGGGAUGACGUGUCGAACCCGAGUUCUAGCGGGGGCGGCGGGAGUGGAGUUGGGCUGUUGAAAAAGAGAUUUAGGACCAAGUUUACGGCGGAGCAGAAGGAGAAGAUGGUGGAGUUUGCUGAGAAGGUGGGGUGGCGGAUUCAGAAGCACGACGAGGCGGCGGUGGAGGAGUUCUGCGCCGACAGUGGGGUGAAACGACAGGUGCUCAAGGUUUGGAUGCACAACAACAAGCACACUAUCGGUAAGAAGCCCUAAUUAGGGUUCCUAAUUAGCAUCACCAUCAUCUUCAAAUCAAGUUUCAUUAGCUCCGAGAGAUGGAUCGAUGUUUGCAGUUUAAUUAGCUUGCUUGUUAGAUUAUCUUCAGUCAUUAAUUAAUGCAAGGUAACUAAUUAGCAAGAACUAAGAGAGAAGCCAUUGUAAUCUCUGCUGUGAAUUAAUAAUUUUCAGGUAGUUCUAUUAAUCAUAGUUUAACUAGCUAGCUUAGCUUAGCUAGGGUUUCUAAA